AUGCUUCGCGGCCUCGUGCUCUCGCCGCAAGAGAUGCACCCGCUCCGCGUCAAAUUCUCGUCAAUGUGCCGGAAACAGGGAAAGAAUUCGAUGUCGUGCGCGGUCCUCCGUGAACUACUAUCGUUGCCCGCCGACGCGAAGCUCAUCACGGCACGUCCUCCGUUCGAUAAACCUCUUCUGGUGCUCGCGCUCGCCAAACAACUCUACCAGGACAACGAUAAGGCGGCGGCGAUCGGGGCACUGACGGAACUGGCGAACCACUGGGACAAACGCGUCAACCCGAUUCCUCAGGUGUCCGGAAAAGAGCUCGUGCCGCCGGCGACGAAAGAGCCCGCGCGGAUUUGCGCAAAAGUGCUGCUCAAACUCGGCGAGUGGACAGAGGUGAUGACGAAGAAUGCGACAGUUGGAGCGGUACGUUUUGCUCAACAAUUUCUCUUACUUCUGGACACAGGCCGGCACAGUCUACGGGGGACUGGAGAUUGUGAAGCUGCUUACGUAUAGCGUGGCUCAUUUUCAAAAACAGAAUACACUUUUCAAUGUAUCAAUUGUAUGCUGCUGUUCAAAAUGAGCCAGGUUACAUAAGGCUUCUGGAAGAAAUUACAGCUUCACAAUUUUUUAAAUAAUUUUUUUCAGGCAGUCGGUGAGAUGUCUUUUGUACGACAACAGAUUUCGCCGCUUCUUCGUACCAAGGUAAAUGCUUUUCGUAAAUUUUCUAAAAAUCCACAUUUUCAGGAGCAGCGUACUCCGGAGACGGUCGCCUUCGAAAACACCAUCAGAUACUAUCAGCAGGCGGCGAAAUUCGAUCCGGCGUGGCACAAAGUCUGGCACAAAAUGGCCUCCACCCAUUUCUACGCGGUUAUGAGGGAACGCCCGAGCAAGUAUGUCACUGCAAUUUAAAACAUUGUUUUUUCUCUUACAAAGAAGUUAUAGGCAGCAAUUGGACCCGGAAAACUCGUUCAACACCACGCAGAGAUUCACCAAGUAUGUGGAUGUUUUGAACAAUUUGAAAAAGAAAGAUGCCUUCAGAGCCGCCAAACAGAAAUUGCUGACUCCGACACCGGCUCCGCCCCCUCCGGCUCCUCCGGCUCAAACUUCGCCGCAUCCGGCUCCGUUCCACACGGAAGCCGGCGGAAUUCCGACCGGAAAUCAACUGACGGGUACGUUUUAAAGUUUGUUUCAAAUUUCUAUAUGAUUUAUGUCAAAACAUUCUCAAAAUCUGAAACGUCUCAAAAGUGCACCAAAAACGGCCCUGGAAGUGUUUACAGACUUUGCGGUUCCGCCGCCGCUGGGCUCCCUCGUCGGGCUCCCGUCCGUGCCCGCCCACCUGCUCUCCUCGGGAUCCUCGGGCCAGCAGAGUCCGCCGUUCGCCCAGUCGAAUUCCAACGGCACCGCCUAUCUGGAGCACGCGAAGGAGGCGGUCGUCUGUUUCACGAAGGCACUGAUGAGCUCGCCGGGAUCUCGGCUCGAAGACACGCUCCGACUGCUCCAAUUGUGGUUCGACUACGGGGACCACGAUUCGGUGUACUACGCGUUGACCGACAAUAUCUUUGAUUUGCCCGUCACCACUUGGUUGGAGGUGAGAGAUUGGAAAACAUUUUAGGCAUUUUCAAAAUAGUUCUUCCUUGCAACGUGUUAGAUAAUCACGAUUACUGUUUUUUAAAUUUUUAAAAAUAAGGUGUUCUUGCAACAUUGCUCCUUAAAUAGUUCAAGAAUGCCAAAAUCGUUAUCUUCUUAAAUGUUCCUCGAAUUCAGGUGAUCCCGCAGCUGAUGGCCCGUCUGGAUCUGCCGGACAAUCAGCGGGCGGUGCAGCUGAUCGUUCGCGUGCUCGGCGAAAUUGCGAAACACCGUCCGCAGGCGGUCAUUUACGCGCUGACGGUUGCCUCGAAGAGUUCCGACAAACACAGGAGCAGGAAUGCGUGCGUCGUAAUCGAGAAAAUGAAGGAAUACCAUCGGACACUCGUCGACGAGGUAUUCCUUUUCAGGUUUAUUAGCAGAGGGGGCUUUUCGAAUUCCUGUCAAGGCCUGCACGUUUUCCCCACUUUUUAGAAUAUGAUCGGACUGAAUUGAAGUAUUUUAAGUCCAAGUUUUAGACCGAUCCCUUCAGAGACCCAAAAGGCCGGAUUUUUAAAAUUACCGCCUUUUAGGCCUCUGAUACACAUAAAUCGGGACCAGAUGGUCCGAUCGGUCUGAAACUUGGACACAAAAUACUUCUAUCCAAUUAUUAGUAGGCUGUUAAGUCUGAGUCUGAACGAAUUAUUGGUACAGUAAAAAAGGCAAGGAAUUGAGAAAAAAGACAAAUGUUAAGUGCCGCCUGGUGACGGAGGAGCUCGUGCGUUGCGCAAUUCUGUGGCACGAGCAGUGGCACGACGCGCUCGACGACGCGAGCAGAGUCUACUUCCACGUGAGUCCACCCUUUCCUGAACUAGCAUUAAGGACAUUUUGAUGAUUUGCCGAUCUUUAAAAGUUGCCGCAAUGACUCGUACCCAAAAUACGGUCGAAAAAUUCAAUGAAACGUGUCAGAGACGGCUGCAGGACAACAACGUGCAGGCAAUGUUCGCCGCGCUUCGCGACAUGAACGAAUCGAUGCAGAAGGGCUCGCCGACGACGAUGAAGGAGCUCUCGUUCCACCAGACGUACAUGAGCGAGCUCAAGGAGGCCGGCCAGUACGUGCUCGCCUUCGAAAAGAGCGGAAACGUCAAGGACCUCAACCAGGCGUGGGAGAUCUAUUGUGCGGUACGCAUCUUCUUUUUUGCUGCUGCUGCCGCUGCUGCUGAAAACGGCUCUCCCAUAAAAACAUUAAUCAAUAAUGUUUUGCAGGUGUUCAAAAAACUGCGCGACCAACUGGCCACACUGAAUUCGCUCGAUUUGAUGUACGUUUCGCCGAAUUUGGUCAGCGCGAAAGACUUGGAAUUGGCGGUGCCGGGCACUUAUGACCCGUCGGCGCCCGUCGUCUCCAUCUCCAGUUUCUGCUCCAAAAUGAGCGUGAGUUUCAUUUUUUUCCCUAACAAAACUGCUAAAAGACACGUUUAGGUGAUCACGAGUAAGCAGCGGCCACGCAAAAUGGUGAUCCGCGGCUCGAACGGUCUCGAAUACCAAUUUUUGCUGAAAGGACACGAGGAUCCGCGACAGGACGAACGAGUUAUGCAACUGUUCGGACUGGUCAACACCCUGCUCUCGAAUAAUUCGGAGACUUGCCGCAGAAAUUUGGCCAUUCAGGUUUGUUCGCUUUCUUUUAUUAUCAAUUCAACUUCUUCUCAUUUUUAGCGCUACUCUAUCGUGGCGCUGAGCAAGGAUUCGGGGCUGAUCGGAUGGGUGCCGAACUGCGAUACACUGCACACGCUCGUCAAGGAGUACCGAGAGAAAAAGGCGAAAAUUCCGUUGUCGUUGGAGCACAAGACACUGCAGAAACUCGCGAUGGACACGGAACACCUGACCGCAAUGCAGAAGGUGAGUAAUCAAUUUUGUUUGAGAAAAUGAUGGGAAAAAAAAUCUGAGGGCGAGAGAAAAACCAUUUGGGCGGUAGAACACAGUUAAAGACGCAUAGCAUGACAUUUAUUUCCACGCGCCUUUAACUUUUUCGUCGGCGGCGCCUCUCUCUCUUCUACCGCGCAAAUGGUAUUUCUCUCGCCCCCCGUAGUUUUUUAUCCGUUUCAUUCGGUAAUCCGCCCAGGCCUGCGUGAGCUGGAAACCCCAAUGCGAUUUCAAUUUCAGCUGCAACUGUUCGAGUGUGCCCUUUCGGCGACGCAAGGAGAGGAUCUGCGGAAGGUGCUGUGGCUGAAGAGUCCCAGUUCGGAAGUUUGGUUCGAUCGACGCACGAACUACACGCGGUCCGUGGCCUGCAUGUCGAUGGUCGGCUACAUUCUCGGACUCGGAGACAGGUAACCGCUCGAGUUGUAGAAUACAUUGACACGGUUGCUAUUUGGGCGGUGAUGUGUUUGCAGACUCGGAUUGUCAACUGUAACCGCCAAAUUACCACUUUAGCUGAAGGUUACUAUUGACAGCAAGAGUCUGCAAAAACCAUGCUGCAAUGUAGAAAUAAUACAUUGAGAAAGACGAGAACUCUUCAUCUUCUCCGAAAUAUGACAAAUUUGCAGACACCCGUCGAAUCUGAUGCUCGACCGUUUGACCGGCAAAAUUGUGCACAUUGACUUUGGAGACUGUUUCGAAGUGGCGAUGCUCCGCGAGAAAUUCCCCGAAAAAGUGCCGUUCCGACUCACGCGGAUGCUCAUUAACGUGCGUUUUGAGAUCACUCGCUCAUUUGUAUGUCUGUGUUUGCAGGCGAUGGAAAUCACGGGACUGGAGGGUGUGUACCGGUACACGGCGGAAAGAGUGCUCAAAGUGCUGCGUACAAACCAGGAGUCCCUACUGGCGGUGCUCGAGGCGUUCGUCUACGAUCCGGUCAUCAAUUGGCGCGUCAUCGAGGGACUCAAAAAGGAUCCAAAGUCGAAGAAGGAGCAGCCGCGAAAUGCGAGCACCGUGCAGAGACCCUCCAGUAACACCACCGACGUCAUCAUGGACACGAUCAAGAGAAAACUUGCCGGUUUGUGAAGAGAAUGGAGAAAUAUGGAGAGAGAGAGAGAGAUUUCGUGCAUUUCAAACAAAAGUUUCCAGACGACGAAAAGAUACAAUGGCAUACUGUAGAUUGUUGUUGUUGUUGUUCCAAUUGCUCAGCUUAAAAACAUCGUGUUAUUUGCAGGAACCGAAUUCUGCGACCAAUACGGCUCGUCGGCGUCGGUGACGGAGCAACUGGAGACGUUGAUCGAGAUGGCGACGAGCCACGAGAAUCUGUGCCAGAGCUACAUUGGCUGGUGUCCGUUCUGGUGA